AUGACAUGGGCAUCGUCACGACGUCUGGUCAUCACUAAUGACGUGCCACAGAUUGUCGUAGCUAAUAGCACAUCCCGAUGUCAUGAUCGUGGUGGGACCGUGUUCACAUCGUAUUCGUCUCGUGGCGCAAGUUCUCCGAACGCACGCGGAGGAUUUCAAGCUGGUCGCGGUGGUUGUAGUACAGGAUAUCAGAUCAGGAAUUCGUCAACACCUAGAGGAGGAGCCAGCUAUUAUGCAUGGAGAAGCAAUUCAAACAUUGUAACAAGCAGUCGAGGUGGAGCUGUACCCGUAACUACAUAUUAUCGCGGAGGAAGUGCCUACCAAACACGAACACCGAAUUUUUACCCUCGCAGUAGCUCGCUCUCAACCGUGGUUAACUUACCAGGCGUUAGUAGCCGCCCCGCUCAGAACGAUCCUACCGUAACAGCUCCAAAAUUCUUCCCGAUGUCACUGAAUGCAACGCCACAAUUCGUCGACAAUGUGGGCAUACCACUACAGUAUCCGCUGCCUAUGAGACGCGUAUCGCAUCAACUUCAACCAUUGUCACCACGUCGUGACAUUCGUCUACAGACACCCCAGGCAAUUAUGGUAUCCAAAAAAGCGCCUAUAGGCGUGGACGUAUCAUGUGGUGGCUCCAGUGCACAUGCUAGUGGCAGGAGCGGUGGUGACGCGAGUGGUGACACCAGUCGUGCAGUGCAAGUGAAGGAAGAGCAGAAUGCCUCUGAGUCGUCGGAAGCAAAUCGUGGCGAUGCUGAAGAGAACGAAGAUGAUGGCGGUGAUUCACCAGAUGUGCUGAGAAAUAAUGAAGACACUUGGGACUUUUGGGACCGCCGAGAUUCUCCCAUGGCUGAACUACUGCAUUCAGACAAACUUUGCAAAGCUCAGCUAAUCUUUUUGAACGUUCCAAGGCUAGCAUAUGGGCAGCAACAUGUUGUGCGCAGUCUUAUUCAUCGCGAAAUUAAUUCAAAUCUUCCUAUUUUAGACAUCCAUAUCACAUAUAGAAAAUGGACCGUCCGCUUUUAUCGCAGCGAAGAUGCUGUGCAAGUGUUGCGACAUUUCAAUGGAUUUUCUUUCAGAAAUCAUAAGUUGCUUGUAAGAGCCUGUCAGAACAAUGCAGCUUUUGGUGACGUAGCAUCGCUGGAAGAAGCAGCUCAAAUGGAAAACGAAGAACGACGUGCUCUUCCUGACGUUUCCUCGGACAGUCGAACGGAACACGAUGCGAUUUGGACGCUAGCUGAAUGGAAAGAUAUUUUGGAGUUUAAAAAGUGAGC